AAUAUAAAUUUAAAAAACCCACGUGUUCAACAUAACCUAACUUUUUAUGAUUGUUGUAUAUUUGAUUGUUUAGACAAGUGUGUGAUUUUUAAUAAGAACAAUAUGUCGAUGAAUGUUAAUUUCAAAGGUGGCGGCUCUGUUGUAAAGAGAAAGCCAGUUUUUUCUAGAGAUGGAGAAAACGUGUUUGUAUCUUGGAAGAACUCCAUCCUGGAAUACAGUACGAAAACAGGCAAACUUUUGUACGAAUAUAAAGGUUCUACUGAUCAAAUAGUAGGCUUCGGAUAUCACACAUAUGAAUCUUUUGAUUGUAUUAUUGCUUGUUCAACUUCAGGACAAAUUCAUAUAUGGAAAACAAUUACACAUUUUAAAUUAUAUGAAAAGAAAAUUAAAAAAAGAAUCAAGGACUUUUUUAUUAUUACAUCAACCGACACUGAACUUACUGCCUUGAUAUCCUACAUAAACCAAGAUGGAUUACAAUUUGCCAUUGCUGACAUUAAAUCAAACACCAUAAAUGAUAUAAAGUUGAAUAUAAAUUUUGAUUAUUAUAGAAUUGACAUUGGAGGUGAAAAUACAUAUAUGGCAGUAAUCCAGCAAAAUUACCUUUAUUUUGUUUUAUUAAAAAACCCAGAUAAUGUUUACAGGAGUUACAUUAAUAUGAAGAGAAAAUUUAAAUGUAUUGCAUGUCAUCCAUAUGAACAAGCCAUACUAACUGGUGAUACCACAGGAAGAACGAUAAUUUGGCAAAAUAUGAUUGAUAGAAAACCAACACAAACAGUGUUUCACUGGCAUACUUUGCCGGUAAAAUGCGUAACAUUUUCAACCUCUGGAAGUUACUUUUAUAGUGGAGGAAAAGAGUGUGUGUUAGUUAAAUGGAAUGUCAAUAAUAUAGAUGAUAGAAGAUUUUUACCAAGAAUUCCAGCCACAAUUGAACAAAUUUCUGUUUCAAGUAAUAAUUUAUUUGUGGCAGUGAGCACAAGAGAUAAUGCAAUAAGAAUUUUGGACACCAGAAUGAAUCAAAUAAGUUUGAUUCAACAUCUUGUCAUAGGAGAACAAUUUAGUACAGGUAUUGUGUAUGAUCCCAGAACUAGGUCAUUAAUCAUGAAUGGUAAUGUUGGACACAUUCAAUUUUAUUCACCUCUGGAUAAAACCCUGAUGUACAAUUUGGAUAUAGUGGGACAAAAUAAAAUUACAAGUGAAAGAGGUUUAUCACUUAAAAACAUAGAAGUUAAAAAGGUUGCUAUCAGUAAAUGUGGUUUUUGGUUGGCCACAGUGGAAGAAAGAAUUGAAAAUUGUUUGCAUGAUGAAAUUAGACUUAAAUUUUGGAAAUUUGAUGACGAAAAGCAGAAAUUUGAACUGAAUACAUCCAUAGAAUAUCCACAUGAAAAUGCAGUCACCAACUUAUUAUUUCAACCAAUUAAGAACAACACAAACUUAAAAUGUGUUACUGUAAGUAAGGAUAAGAAAUUUAAAGUCUGGCAAUUGGUGGACCAUUCUACAGUCUACAGAACAGGAGUAGCUUGGAAAUGUUAUGGAAUAGGAUUUUAUAGAGAUUUACCUUGCACUGGUUUAUCAUUUUCCAUAGAUGGUUCUUUAAUGUCAACAGGGUUUGGUUCUAUUGUAACUGUAUGGUUACCAGACACAUGCGAUUUAAAAUGCAGCCUGUUACACCCUGACUAUAGAGAAGACAUAACUUUUGUAGAGUUUGGGAAAGCUAGUGAUUGUCAUUUAUUGGUGGCAACUAGUUCAAAUCAUAUAAAUGUGUGGAGUUUGUUGAGUUUAUCUUUAAUAUGGACUGUGUCAAUAAAUGUUACUUUAUUGGUGGCCGACACUAUGACAACCCAAAUGGCUGUUGUAUGUAAAAAAAGAAAAGUUAUUGUAUUUAAACCAGGAUCCUCAGCAGCUCUUUACAAAAGUAAAAAACUUAACUAUAUUGUUACUGCUGGAUUUGUACCAAAUAAAUAUUGGAGUGAAAAGUCAUCAUUGUAUUUUAUAGAUGAUAGAAAUGAACUCUUUUGUCUAAGUAAUGAAGAGGAUAUAGAUUCAUCUUAUAAUGAUAAAAUUGAGCCUAGUGAGGAAUCAUUAUUUAAUAAAAUGCAACCAAGUAAACAAACCAUUAAACCAUCCCUACAACCAACUAAACAUUUGUUUGAGAAAGACAGGAAUCACAAAGAUAUUAAAUCAUACCUGGAUGUCCCUGCACAUACAAUGGCACCUGUGAGAUUUAUGUGUAAACUAUUGUUAAGUUCACUUGUACUUCAAAAAGAUUCUGUUCCAGAAAAUGACAUAUAAAAUUGUUUAAAACUUGUAUAUACAAUACAAUAUUGUUUUAUAAA